CAGAAAUGCAGCAGCUCUUAGCACAAGUGGAAAAGAGUCACUUUGAAAAUCAGAUGAAACUAGAGAGAAUAACAAUGGAGAGAGAAGUUAUCAGCGAGGAAAGAAGAUAUUUGGAACAUGAAAAGAGUGAACUAAAGCAAAAACUGAAAGGAACAAUAGAAGAGAAUUCUAAGUGGAAAGAAAAUGAAAUCUCUCAAAGAUGCCGAACGGAAGCUGCUGAAGAAGCUCUAGAGAAAGCAACUUUACUUCAUUAUGAGGCUGAAAGGGGGAAGCGCUUGCUAGAAUGUGAGAAAGAAGAAAAGGAGAAACAGUGUGAGAUAUGGAUGAAGAAAUAUAAUGCAUUGGCAGAACUCUUACAUUCCCAAGAAGAGGAUAAAUCAAAAAGGCAAAAUAAAGCUUGCCAGGUGAAACUAAAGAGUUAUUUCUUAUGUAUCAGUGAAAGCAAUGAACACAUCACAGCACUGAGAAAGGAAGAUGGCACUCUCCAGAGAUUUGUGGAAGGAGAGCAGGUUUGUUUUUCAAUCCCUAGUGAUGAUAACGAAGAUAAGGCCAAGACCACUGACAGGGUUUUGUACAGAGUUACUGCACCCAUCUCGAAUUCUGGGCACUCUCAGGUGUGUGGGCUUCGCCCUGUUGAACUGCAGGAGAAAAUCCCAGCCAGAAGAGGCAAGAAAAUAAUAGAGUAUUUCUGGUUUCCAGUCGAUGGUGAUAAUGAAGAGUGACUGGAGAAGAAAUAGAAAUAGAAGUGAAUACAGUAGUUGCAUGUUGAGUGCUUCUAAUGACUGCGGACCAUUUGAAGGAUGAAGAUGACAAACACCAGGCUGCAAUCCUAACUGUACAUAUAAGGAAGCAUGUCUUAGUGAGCUCACUGAGACUUACCCCUGAAUCAACCUGCUUACGAUUGUACUGUGUGUGACUGCUUCAAAACUCAAGCUCUGCUGAAGAAGAAACAGUCCCUUUAGUCCUUAAAAGUCUCUUAAAGGUUCUUCAGUUGAAACUAGUUGUAGUGUGAUGAUGUAUUUGUUUUGAUUGGUGGUGAUGGCCAGCAUUUGUAAGCCAAUAUAAACCAUCCUAGCAUGAAUGAUUAAGGCCUAUUAUGAUUUCAUUUUAAAUACGUCUGCUUUUUAUUAUUCAUUCUCCAGCAGAACAUUGCUUAGAAGGACUGAGCCCACCCAGAACCGAUGGUGAGGUUUAAAGCACAUCCUGCAUGUUUUGGACACAGAUCCCUUUACUGGUCUUAGCAGUAAGAGUGCCUUGGAAAUAAAUGUAAAUACAACUGCUUCGGUAAUUUUGCUAUUAAAAAAUGUUGAU